GCGAAUACUAGCAGUUGAGGCACUUGAGUUCUGUACUAAACUUGUCUGUAGUGUCAAAGUGUGGCAAGAUUUGGCUGUAACCUACUUCCGGCUUUCCUGACUAACCAAAGAGUCCGGAAAAUAAUCCGCUGCCGUUCACCUCGGCACGUCAUCACCGUCCACAACCCGCCGUCGCUUUUCUAAUCAACACGCGACACCUUACGCCUUCCUUACCCGCCAUGACGAUUUCAGAAACAUGACCACAACUGCGGUGCAAAAUGGGAGAGAUCCGCCGCCAUUUCCCAGCGAUGGUGACGCGAUCGUGUCAGCGAGGAAGGAGCAGGAGAAGCGUGUAGAUGGGGCCGAGGGGAGAAAGAGGAAGGUGGACAAGCAGAGCCCCGAAUAUCUCAUGAAGAGUAUGCUCGCAGGCGGUCUUGCCGGAUGUGCUGCAAAAACAUUAGUCGGCCCACUUGACCGUGUCAAGAUCCUCUUCCAGACUCGCAACCCCCAGUUUGAAAAAUAUGCAGGCUCCUGGUCAGGCUUCCCGACCGCCAUGCGCGACAUCUACCUCGAAGCUGGCCUGGCGGGGCUCUUCAAAGGUCACUCUGCGACUCUCCUCCGCAUCUUUCCCUACGCGGGCAUAAAAUUUCUUGCCUACGAGCAGAUACGCGCCGUAAUUAUCCCGACCAAGGCUCAGGAAACACCAGGCAGGAGGUUUGUGAGCGGGAGUCUGGCAGGCAUGGCAUCAGUCUUCUGCACCUACCCACUAGAAGUCAUCAGAGUACGGCUAGCCUUCGAGACGAAAGUGGAGCAGAAAAGCAAUCUCUCCUCGAUAGUUCGCAAGAUAUACAGCGAAACAGCCGCCCCAACAGCCCACACCCCAACAAACGCCCUCACAGCAACGGCUUCCACCGUCGUCGAAAAGGUCACUCCGCAAUCAGGCCUGUCCAACUUCUUCCGCGGCUUCACACCCACGCUGCUUGGAAUGGUGCCAUACGCAGGCGCAUCGUUUCUAGCACACGACACCAUGUCCGACCUCUUGCGUCAUGCCCGCAUUUCGGCAUACACCACCCUCCCCAAUACAUCACGCGAAGAAUCCACCAUAACAACACAAAAGCCCGCGCAGCUGCGCUACUGGGCAGAACUUAGCGCCGGAGGUGUCGCAGGUUUCGUCGCGCAAACAAUUUCAUACCCACUGGAAGUCAUCCGACGACGGAUGCAAGUCGGCGGUGUAGUAGGCGACGGGCAUCGCAUGGGCAUUGCCGAGGUCGCGAAGAGGAUAUAUGUGGAGCGCGGAUGGAGAGGGUACUUUGUUGGCCUGUCGAUAGGAUACAUCAAGGUUGUGCCCAUGGCGGCGGCGAGUUUCUACGUAUACGAGCGCGGGAAAUACUACCUUGGGAUAUGAGUUAUUUGCAUGGGAGUAGAAUAGAAGAUGGAAAUGCAUGGCGGUCGGAUGUGUUGGGUACAGCAACGGCGUUUCUGGAGUCUUGCGGGCAUGUGUGUGUGAAACUGGCUUGGGCACACAGCUGGGUGUUGAAUAGAGUGGAUGCAGUAUAGACAUGAGCAUGAGCGCUAUCCCUUUGGUAGAAAAAUGUACAACGAACAUACAUG